UAAAAAAAAACCGACUUUAAUUAAAAAUAAAAUUACAACUAAAUAAUAAUUAAUUAUACGUAAAAUAGAAAUCAUAUUUAUUUAAUAAUAUAAUAAAAUAAAUUAGAAAGAAUAAUUAUAAAUCUCGUAUUAAAAAAAGAAUUUUUUUUUAAGAAAAUAGCGAACAAAAAUAUAAAUAUUAAAAUUUAAAAAAAGUAAAUAAGUAGGGAGAAAAAAAAAAUAUUUAGCAUAGAUUUGAAAUCUUAAUUUUAUUUUCAUUUGUUUGUUUUUUUUUCAAUACGACAUACAAGAAAAAUGUCAUUUUGGAAUUGCUUUUCUUGUUUACGUUUUCCAAAUGAUGAUAUUAUAAGACAAUUAGAUUAUACUAGUUUAUCAUUACAAGAAUUACCACAAGAAUUAUGGCAAUAUGAUAAAACAUUAGAAAUAUUAAUAUUAUCAUCUAAUCAUUUAAACGAAUUACCUCAAAAUUUAUUAAAUAAUUUUCAUUUAUUGAAAAUAUUAAAAUUUAACGACAAUGAAUUAGAUAAUAUACCAAAUAAUAUCGGUAUAUUACGUCAAUUAAAACAAUUAGAUUUAUCAAGAAAUUCAAUAAAAUUAAUACCAGAUACAAUAAAAUUAUUAAAAAAUUUAACACAUUUAGAUUUAAGUUUAAACAAUAUACAACAUUUACCAGAUGCCAUAACAAAUUUAUCACAAUUAGAAGAAUUAUUAUUAAAUGAAACAUAUUUAGAAUUUUUGCCAACAAAUAUUGGUCGUUUAAUUAAUUUAAAAAUAUUAGAAUUACGUUCAAAUAAUUUAAUAACAUUACCAAAAUCAAUUGAAUUAUUAACAUCAUUAAAUAGAUUAGAUAUCGGCGCAAAUGAGUUUACUGAACUUCCACAGGUAAUCGGUAGUUUAAAUCAAUUAAGAGAACUUUGGAUUGAUUUUAAUAAAAUUACACAUAUACCAGUUAAUAUAUCACAUUUAUGUGAAUUAAUACAUUUUGAAGCGAAUAGCAAUCAAUUAAUUUCAUUACCGAAUGAAAUAAGUAAUUGGAAAAACUUGCAAGUAAUGUCAUUGUCAACAAAUGAGCUUAAGGAUUUACCAUUUUCAAUUGGAAUGUUAAAACAGCUAAUAACACUUAAAUGUGAUAAUAAUCAAUUAAAAUAUAUACCAGAUUCAAUAUGUAAUCUAAUAAAUAUUGAAGAACUAAUAUUAAAUAAUAAUUCAAUAAUGCGUUUACCAAAUACAAUUGGAAUGUUAAAAAAAUUAAAAUUUCUACAAUUAGAUGAAAAUAUAUUAAGACGUUUACCUAAUGAAUUAUCUAAUUGCCAAAAUUUAACAGUAUUAUCAGUGCAUAGCAACAAUUUAAAUGAACUUCCAGAAAAUAUUGGUCUUUUAAUUAAUUUAAGGGUUAUAAAUAUUAUUAAUAAUGUGAUACAAUAUUUACCAGUAUCAAUAUUAAAUUUACAAAAUUUACAUGCACUGUGGUUAUAUGAAAAUCAAACACAACCAUUAAUACCAUUACAAUAUUAUGAUUCAAAUCAAUUAUAUUUAACAUGUUGUUUAUUACCUCAACAACAACAACAACAAAUAAAUGAUGAAAGAAAAGUUCCAUUAUAUGUGCUAGAUAAUGAGGGUAAUUACGAUCAAAAUGAUAAUCAGCAAAGUGAUGAAGAUAAUAAUAUGAACAUAUCAGAACAUAAAAAUCAAAAUGAUGGAAAUCAAUAUGACCAAGAACAACAACAGCAGCAAUUAUUGUUGAUUGACACUCAAAAUAAAUUAAACUACAAUGAUAAGCCACAGCCACAGUGGUUAAAUUUUGUACGAAAGCCACAGCAAUGUAUUAUGAAUAGAAAUAAUUAUCACAAUUCACGAGAACAUCAAAAUAAUACAGUAACAAGUCCAUUGAAAAAAAUUUGUUUUGCUGAUGAAAAUAAUAGCAUUAAAAGCAAUACAAAAAGUGACGAUAAAAUCGACGUUAAAAACAAAAAUACUAAAAUAAAUACAUCUUGUGGAAUAAAAUCAAAAGCAAAUACAACAACAACCGCUGGAACAACAACAAUAAACACUGGAACAGACGUAUCAUCUAUUACAUCAAAAUUAAUGCGUUCUCCUACACCAUAUCCAAAAGAACUACGCAUAAUGGCAAAAUAUAUACGUAACCAAGUGCAAUAUCAACAACAAGCACAACAACAGCAACAUCAGCAACAAAAGCUACAGCAGAAUUUUAAACAAAAUAAUACAUCACAAGAUUUAGAAGAAAAUUUACCUUUAAAAUCGAAACAAUUAAUAACACAAAUUAGUGAUCAUCAAUCACUUAUCAAUGAUGACAUUAUUUUAAAUAAAAGUAGUUCUGAUUUAAAUACAAAUUUAUUGCAGAAUAAUGUAUCAAUUUUAAAUCAGAAUCAUCCUAAUAAUAGUAUUAUGGAACAGCAACAAUCGAUUAAUUGUCACCCGCCCUUACAAACACAGCAGCAACAACAACAAUUAAUAUAUGAAACUCCUCUAAGGCAAAAUAAACAGCAACAAAUUGCGCAGCCUCAGAUAUGUAACUCGUUCGAUAUUGUUGAUUAUUCGAAAAUCGACGAAAAUAAUAUAUAUGUUAAACAUCCACCAUCUAUAAUGUCAACACAACACCCAAUACAAUAUCAUCUGCAAUUAAGUAAUAAUAGUAUUCAUUUUCCGCAACAAGAUCAAAUGCAGUAUGAACAGCAACAAAAUUACAGUGGUAUUCAUUAUCAUCAUCAAAGUUAUAAUUUGGCAAAUAAUAUUCAAAAUAAUUCUGAUAAUAGUUCAUAUAUUGAAUAUCCCUCAACAAGUACUAGUAAUUAUAAAGAUAUUAGUCAUAUACGUUAUUUGACUUUAGUUGAUUCAUUAUCAUCAAAUUUAACGCCUUCGUCAACUGGAACAAUGCCACAAGCAUUACCAGCAACAGUUACAGCUCUAUCAACACCAAUUGAAUAUCAAAAACAUCAACAACGGAUACAACACCAACACCAGCAGCAACUUUAUCAUCAUUCUCAGAAUGAUACCCAACUUCAACAAAAUCAAUUAAAUAUACUGCCAAUAAAUUAUUUAAUACAAAAUAAUGAAAUACAACAACAGAAAUCAAUAAAUGAUUUUACCAGUCCACCACCGUAUUAUGUAGCAAAAAAUUAUACAAAAAAAUCCCAAGAAGAUUUAUUAAAUUACGACACUCUAAGAAAUAUUAAAUAUUCUCAACAAAAAUACCAGCAAGAAAAACAACAACUACAUCAACAAUUACAACAACAGUAUGAUCAGGUUAUUCCAAAUAGUGGAAAUGAUAAUGAAAAUGGUGAUUUCAAUUUAUUAAAAAAUAAUUUUGAUAAUAUAUCAGUUGGCAAAACUAGUAGUAAUAAUAAUGAAAAUAAUUUAAACGAUGAUAAAAAACAAAUGCAACAUAAUUUGAAUUAUUUGAAUAAUAAUAAUUUAAAAAAUAAUACCAUUAAUUUAAGUAAUUAUGAUAAUGAAGAGAAUAUUUGUAAUGCAUCGCAACCAAAACAAAAUAUUGAUUCAUUACAAUCAUUAUCGAAAUUAUCAAAUUCGAAUACCGAGGUUAUUAAUAAAGAUGAUAAUAAAAUUGAAGAAAUAAAUGAUCCACAAAAUAAUUGUAAAGAAAAUAAUUUUAAAUUAUCAUCAAAACAAUUAAUCAACAAUAAUACAAAUGAACUAGAAUAUAUAACAUCUGUAACAUUUAACGGUGAUGAUAAUAAUCAAGAGCAACAGCAGCAGCAACAACAGGAACAACAACAAUUAAAAAAGUUAAAUUCACAAAAAUGGUUAUUUGGAACACAUAAAAAUCCAACAGUGAAACAAGUUUUAGUUAAAAAAGAUCCCACAAUUGGUUUUGAAAUAAAAGAAAUUCAACAUCAAGGAAUUUUUGUUAACACAAUAAUUCCAAAUACUUCAGCAGAUAAUUUACUUAAAGUUGAUGAUAAGAUUUUAGAUGUUGAUGGUAAUGAUUUUACAAAAUUGGAUUUCAAUGAUGCUAACCAAAUUUUGAUUGAUUCUGGUCCCGUUUUAACUAUAAUGAUAUCUCGAAAAUAAUUUAGUUAUAAUAUAUAAUAAUUAGUAUGUAAUGUAACAAUUAAAGUAAACAAGAAAUAUUAAAAAGCUCAAUAUAUGAUAAUUCUAGUUUAAUAUAUUGUUAAAAAACUAUUAAUAAAAUUAAUUAAUAAACAAAAAAGUAUAUAA